AUGUCGUGGCGCAGGGAUGAGCGAGGCUCGCGCUGGGGCGAGCAGGACAACCGUUGGGAGAAUCGCCCCCGGUCUCCUGUAUGGGAGCCCCGGCGCAGCGUUAGUCCACGGCAAUCACCGCAACGAGAUCGCCACCGCGAGCGAUAUGAUCGUGACCGCGAGCGAGAUCGCCGCGAUCGCUACGACCGCGACGCGGACCGCUUCCGUGGUCGGGAACGUUACGACAAGCGCGAUAGGGAUCGCGACCGUCGCAGGUCACCCCGAAGGUUCGACGAUAGAGACUUGCCAAAUGCACCGUCCCCGCCGAAAAUCAGCGGCGAGUCUGACAGAAAUGUUGAUUCUCGGUCUAGUAGCCGUUCUGGAAGCAGGGACCGACAGGACUCCCAUGUCGACAGCUAUGAUAACAAAUACGAUUCUGGUCGAGACAGACAUGAGGAAAAUCUAACUGUUAAUGCCUCUGCAGGAGAUUGGUUUUGUAAAUGUGGCUCCUACAAUUUUAAGCGUCGACAAAUCUGCUAUAGGCGCAACUGUCAAGGAAAACGAUCUGAAGGUACCGUCCUAGGCCUCGACUCUGAGAGAGGAAAUGCCUCUGAAAAUAAUUCAGGUAUAACAAAGAGACUACUUUUCAGGCGUUUAGAUGCAUUGACAACAGAAGAGAAGAUUUUAGAAGCAUUAAAAGAGAGAUGCUCAAAACAAGUGUUAGAUUCUAUAGCAGGUAUAACAAUAGGUCGGGAGACUUUGACUGGUGCAUCUAAAUGCCUUGCUUACAUAAACUUCAACUCCAUCUCCCAGUCUACUGCUGCUCACAUGGAGCUUAUGUCCCUUAACCCACCUCUUGAAAUAGAUGGCCGAGAAGUCCUCAUUACUUUCUAUAAUGAACCACCUAAACCACAGAAAUCUAUCUCAUUUAAUUCAACAGACUUGUCAAGCUAUUAUGGUCAAAUGGCUAAUUACUGUUCUUCUCAAGUUUUGUCCGAAUCUGAUAGGGUUAAUGCAGCUGCUGCGGUAGCUCAGUCUGCUAUAAAUGCUGCUCAAGCACGUCAAAUGGCCUGGGUGCCUGUUUCUGUUCCAGUUUUUGUCUCCUCAAAUUCACAAAUAAAUCCUUCAGGUAAAACACCUACUGGUGAUGGAAAGACAGUAUUCAGCCCACCUGAUGUGAGGACGUUCAUGUACGAUGAGACUUCUGGUUACUAUUACGACCCUGCUACUGGCUUAUACUACGAUGGGGCAACUCAGUACUUCUACAAUAGCCAAUUAAGAGUUUAUAUGUAUUGGGAUGCUACAACCUCCACAUACAUAGCAGCAACACAGAGUCAACAGAACACAGAUCAGCCCAAGCUCCCCAGUCCACCAGAGGCAACUACUGAAAAUACAAUUAUCAAGGAACCAGAAGAAAAGAAAAAGAAAGAUAAAGAGGACAAAGUGAAGGUUGCUAAAAAGAUUGCAAAGGAUAUGGAGAGAUGGGCACGGACACUGAAUCAAAAGAAAGAGAAUGCCAGGAGCAACAUUGUAAUGGAGCAACCCUUGGACACAUCUGCCAGUAAAGGCUCAGCCGAUAUUGGCUUCUCUGUGCUAGGAGCAGGUCCAUCCGUAACUCAUGUGAGAGAAUUAUCACCUCCCCCAAUAUCUACUGAUGAUUUCCUUGUUAAGAGGACAGAACCUGGAAUGUUUGAGAGUGACGAGGGAAUUAUUGAUUGGGCCAAGUUAACUUGUCUCAUUUGUAAACGAAAAUUUCCAUCUGCUGAUGUCCUAACUAAACACAAAACAUUAUCAGAUUUACACAAGCAAAAUUUGGCUGAAUACCGUAAAAAGAAUGAACUAUUACCACAGACAAAUGGAUAUAGAGACAGAGCAGCAGAGAGAAGAAUGAAGUUUGGAGAGGAUGAUCCCCCACCAAUCAGAAAGCGUUUUGAUCCCACUGAUGUGCCACAACCUCCUGUCAUGUCACAUCCCCCUCCAUCUGUAGUUGAUACAAUUGGAGGUAAAAUGUUACAAAAGAUGGGCUGGUCAGAAGGUCGAGGCCUAGGAAAGGAGGAACAAGGUAGAAUAGCACCCAUUGAAGCACAACAAAGGCCUACUUUAGCAGGACUGGGACAAAAAAGGGGUGUUUACACACCAACUCCUGGAGAGACAUACAGAGACACAGUUAAGAAAUUGAUGAUUGCUCGAUAUAAAGAAGUUGUCGGUCAAGAGGAGGGAAACAAUUAG